UCAAGGCACUUUUGCAAGCAUAUUCGAGCUUACAACAAUGCUGUGUCUUUUACUUCAAAUGGAGUGAAGACAGACAAGACGGUCGCCGGCAAUGGAGGGACAUGGACAUACCGCAUUUUUGGGCAAUUGAGUCACAAUAUCGGCGCCCUGCUACCACCUGACGGGCAGCCUAAGAAAUUCGCACAGAUCUUCAUGGGAGGUGAUCAAGCCGAUGGCGAAGCCGCUGCUCGGUCAAAAGCAGCGGGAGGCGGACUCCGACCAAUUAUCUUAAAGAAAUUGCAACGCUUCUUAUACGCAAAGAACCCGUUUGCCAAGCUUUAUAAAUCUUCCGAACAAGUGGCAAACGGGUCCCAAAUCAGGACGAUAAAAAUCAAAUCGCUGGCGAUUGGGAACCGGGACAAAAAUCGUUACAAUUUCCCUACGUGUAAUCAGGUUGCGGCAAUAAUAGAAGGAGACGGGGAAGUAGGAUCUACUGAUCGUGACAUCAUCCUACACAGGAAAAGCGGGCUGUUGCGGCGAAUCUCAGAGCUGAACACAACCUAUUUCGCCCUGAGGUACCCCGUCCUUUUCAUG